CCUUGUUACUUAUCAUACCAUGGGACCAAAAUUGGCCUAUAUUUAAACUGUGGUCAGAGCCAUAAUUUCAAAUACGACUUAAAUAGAUCGCCUUGAAGAAUACUACUAAGAAAAAAAAUAGGUAGACAUCAUGCCCGAACAAGUUGAUUAUAUGGAGGAUGCAUCUUUCGCUGCCAAUAUGAGCACAUCUGUUUUACAUGCAGACGAUCCUCUUGCAAUGGAAAACGAUGUAGCACCGGCACUCCAUCUGUCCACUACAUAUACAUAUCCAGGAACACCUGAAACUUUGCAGCCGUUCCAAAAAUUGGCAGAGGAAGACUUUCCUUACUACGUUCGUAUUUGCGCGAAAAAUUGCGACCUUACAGAGGCGGCUCUCAGUUCCAUUUUGAAAGCCCCUAGUGUUCUGUAUGGAUCUGGGUUGGCUGCGGUCUAUUCGUUAAUUGCUUAUUUGAACCCCAAAAACAUUGCCGUCCAUAAGCCUGGCUUUGGUGGAUACUCUGGUACGGUUGCCAUUAUUCAACGUAUCAAUCGCUUGACAGGAUUAAAAACCUCGUACAUUGAUGGAAAGUGUGAUGAAAUUCAUGAAGGCGACGUCAUUUGGUUGGAAACACCUAUGAAUCCUUUAGGUAUUGUCUUUGACAUUCGCUACUACAAGGAGCUUGCCAAAAAAAAGGGUGCCAUCUUGGUCGUUGAUUCUACAUUCGCGCCUCCUCCAAUUCAAGAUGCCUUAGCUUUGGGUGCUGAUUAUGUGGUCCAUUCCGUGACCAAAUACUUGGGUGGUCAUACAGAUGUGUUGGCUGGUGCCACAGCCUCGUAUAACACAGCUGCUAUUAAGGCUCUCAAGGCAGAUCGCGCUUAUAUCGGCACAAUCCUGCAUCCCCAGCAAUGCUAUUUGCUCUUACGCUCGCUCCGUACAUUCCCUCUGCGCAUCGCCAAGCACAGCGAAAAUGGAUAUCUAAUAGCUACCCACUUGAACAAACUUGCUACGGAUUCCGCCUUUGCUUCCAAACUUGGUAUAGAUAGCAGCUUGAUUUUAGAGGUGUAUCAUGAUUCCUUGCAGAAAGAAGACUUUGUUUCUCAAAACUUGACAGGUGGCCAUUCAUCAUGCUUCAGCAUUCUCGUAAAGUCAGAUAAAGUUGCCAAACAUGUCUGCUGUGAACUGAGAUAUUUCCAUCAUGCUACAUCUCUCGGUGGUGUUGAAAGCUUGGUUGAAUGGCGUAGAAUGACCGAUCAGCACAUUGACCCAAGACUCAUUCGUAUAUCUAUUGGUAUUGAGGAUGCCAAUGAUUUGAUUCAAGAUUUCAACCGAGUCUUCGCUUCUCUCAGCUCCUAAAUAUGGUGCGAAAUGCUUAUACAACAGUCCUUUAUGAUCCUUCAUAGAUCUUUUUUUUUAAAAAAAUUUAACAUAUACAGCUAACAUUGAUUCAAUAUAUACAAUAUAGAUAAAUUCUAUAACGAUUUCCCA